UAUAAAAGUGAGUUGCCCUCAAAGGGCCAAGCAACAGAAACCUCAACACACUUCAACCCAACACACAUUCACUCUCAGUCAGAGUACUCUCGCACCGCACUGCUACCUACCGGAGCUCCCCAGUCCACCAUGAGAGCCGCCACCUACACCACGGUCGCGAUUGUCGGGGCCGCCCUCGCGGUCCUGAUGAUGAUCACAAUGGCAUCGGCCCAGAACGUGGUCUACGGAGGCGAGAGCCCGCAGAGCCAGUUCAACGGCAACGAGGCCAAGCUGCGCAACGCGGUCCUCAAGUACGCCGGCGCGUGGGCCAAGCCCAACCGGACCGAGCUGGCCCAGGUGCUCGCUACCGACGUCCUCGUGGCCUACCCGGCGGCCAAGCUCGACUACGCCGCCACGCUCGAGGCCUUCGACACCUUUGUCGCCCAGUACACCAACACCACGGUCGUGAUCCCGCAGGGCGGCAUCAUGGCCGAUUGGAAGGACCGUCGCGUGAGCGUGCAGUGGAAGUUCUCCACUCAUGUGCGCAGCACCGGUGUGCGUCAGGUGGUCAACGCCGCCAUCGUAGGCAAGCUGCGCGCGGUCGGUAACGGCAACAAACAGGUGAUCCAGCUCGUCGAGUGGCUCGAGUUCGCCGACGCCGGCCGCGUGCCGGUCCUCCAAGCCGCCGGCGUGCUCUCCUACGAAGACGGGGUCGACGCCGUGCAGAAGCCUUGGCCCGCGUUUGUGCCCGGCAAGGAGCAGUGCAAGGCGGUCGUCAAGGCCAAGUGCCCGCUGCCCACCUACACCGACGGCAAGAUCCACUGGAACCUCAUCCCGGCGACCGGCCAGCUGCCGCCGGCCUACUUCGACUCGGUGGGCGUCUACGAUCCCGAGCGUCGGGUCUUCUACAUGAACGGCGGUCUGACCGAGUCGACCCAGGUGACCCAGGCCAAGCUGUCCAACGCCACCUUCGUGCUCAACGUCGAUGACCAGGAGUGGUUCCAGCUGACCGACGUCGACGGCCCGGCCGCCCGAUGCGACGCCACCAUGGCCAUGGGCAGCUCGAGCAACCUGGUGCGUGUCAUCGGCGGCCGCGGCGCCUUCCGCACGCCCGACCCCAAGAACCCGGGCCAGUUCAUCGACACCAUCCAGCACAACGAGUACGUCUACAACGCCGCGACGGGCGCCUGGACCGAGAUCCCGCUGCGCCACGUCGAGGCCGACCUGGUGGCCCGCGCCGCCGCGGCCCGCUUCUACCGCGUCGACCCGGCCACCGGCGAGCGUCAGACCUGCAUCUUCGGCGGCCUCGGCAACACGCUGCCCCGCUUCUUCGCCCAGACCAAGGGCGUCUUCUCCGACAUCAUUGUCCACACCCCCUCGCAGGGUUGGCGCGUCGUGGAGCCCGCUGCCGGCUCGCCCGUCCCGCUGGGCCGCGCGUGGGCCAACACGGCCUACAUCCCCGAGCUCGACUUGCUGCUGGUCCACGCCGGCUUCGGCAACCAGAGCCAGAACACGUCCAUCACGCCCGACCCCAGCCUGCCGCUUGACUGGGUAGACUCGAACGUGUACGACGACCUGUGGGCCUUUGACUUUGGCACCCGCGUCUGGACCCGCCUCAACCUGCCCGGCCCCAAGCCCCGCGAACGCUCGGGCGGCAUCGGCGUGUGGGACCCGGUGCACAAGGCCAUGAUCAUCUUCGGUGGCUACAACUUCUUCGGCAACGGCACCACCGACUUCUGGGCGCUCAAUGUCAACUUCACCGACAUCGGGGCCAGCCGCUGGGAGGACCUCAGCCUGCGCGUCGAGGGCAGCAUUCCCGUCGGCAGGAUCGGUGCCGCGCACUUCGACCGCGUCACGCCCGAGGGCUUCGAGAUCUGGAUCGUGGGCGGCGCCGACAAGGACGCCCGCUUCGACUCGCCCCCCAGCGCCGACAUCUACCGCGUCGUCCUCCCCACCGUCCUCGCUCCGGUCUGA